AUGGUCGGCCAAAGCAAUACCACCGCGAUGGCAAACAGGAUCAUCAAUGUCUGCGUCAUCCUGACACUUGCCUACAGCAUACUAUGCAUGGCCGUCUUUCUGAGAGCCAAAGGAGCUGUUAGCCCGACAACAUCUUCGGGAGUUGACCUCUCAAUUGCUUUUUCUUUGCCUACCAUUUUCAUCGUGGGGAUCCGGGGUUACUUCAUCGUCCGCCAAAGAACUAGGGCCUUUCAGACUAUAUCACCCUCAACAGCACCACCAAAGUUGGAGAGGGCCUGUACGACCUGCGUCCAAGUCCUGGUGUUUUUGUGGAUGAUCCUGGGAUGCGUCAAUCUCCUCGUCGCGCUUCGAGCGCCCACGUGUCUGAAAAGGCCUUUAGAGGAAUGGCAGAAUGAUUUAGAGGAGCAGAACUGGAGAUACGGUCUCUCUUGCCGGCUCCAUCGUGCUCUGGUGGCCUUAACGGUUCUGAUGGCCAUCUUCAUGGCCUCCCUCUUGUUCUUGGACCAACAACAGCCCCCUCGCCGCGGAGCGAGCCUUUUGAAUUGUUACUGUACCUGUCUAUCUCGCAAAGCUCCCAAAUCCCACGGCCCAGCGCUUUCCGCCUCCAGCAGCUGUUCUGCUUUCUCGGUUGAGAAAAACAAAAAUCUCUUCCUCGUCCCCGACCGCCGCCCAAACAGGCUCGAGCACGAGCAAUGGCUACAGCGACGCAACAGCUUGUCCUCUCAAAAGGCCAUCUAUCCACACAAAUACUCCUGCCAUGACCAGCGACCGAGGUACCACCCCUAUACCUUUGCUCAGAGCAGCCGAUACUCGAGUACCCUCCGGUCGGUCUCUGAAGGUCAGUGCUUGGACUGGGAUGACCGAAAUUCGUCUCUAUGUUCUUCGCAGUCCUCGUCUUCGUUCGGGCCCAGACAGUCGACCCAUCUACCAACACCCCGAGGCUCGCGCAGUCGAGCAAAUAGCAAUCCGGAAAGGGGAGACCUGCGCCGAGAUCCUGCAACAAUAUCGGCAUCUGAAAAUACCGCUGUACCCGAUGUACCACCGCUUCCCAUAGCUCCGCCUCCGACCUGGUCCCCAGCUCUGCACCACACGCCUCUGAGUGCAGAUCCUACCAUUCGAGCAUUGAGCACGGACUGGAAGCCUCAGCACGUCAAGUGUCGUGGCGAGGACGUCCCCACCGAAGCGCGAAUCCUCUGGCCCGCCAUCGUCUACGCUAUCCGCAUCGACAAAGCGUGCAAAGAAGACUACGGUGGAAACAGUAUCGCCGAGAAAAGCGGCGACGCCAAUGCCCCGUGUACCCCCGCCACCACCUCCUUCAACCCACCCUCCAGCGCCUCCAGCAGCCCCUGCAUUACCAGCCCGUGCACCAGGCCACUCAACAACACCUUCCAUGGCAAGGUCGCAAGGCAGCACAACCACUGGCACUAG